GGGCCGCCCCGCUCUAUGAGGGAGGAGCCGGGGCCGUGCGGGGAUGCAGGCGGCGCGCGGAGCCAUGGCCAACUUCCGCCUGGCUCUUAUUCAGCUUCAUGUAUCUGCUGAUAAAUCAGACAACCUUCAACGAGCCUGUGGACUGGUGAGAGAAGCAUCAGCUAAAGGAGCAAAAGUUGUGGCUCUACCUGAAUGCUUUAAUUCUCCAUAUGGAACUCAGUACUUUAAGGAGUAUGCAGAGAAGAUCCCUGGCGAAUCAACACAAAUGCUCUCAGAAGUUGCAAAGGAGUGCAGCAUUUAUCUUGUUGGAGGAUCCAUUCCAGAAGAGGAUGAUGGAAAACUGUAUAAUACAUGUACUGUCUUUGGGCCUGAUGGUGCUAUAUUGGCAAAGCAUAGGAAGGUUCAUUUGUUUGACAUUAAUGUUCCUGGAAAGAUACAGUUCAAAGAGUCUGAAACACUGAGUCCAGGGAAUAGUUUCUCCGUGUUUGAUACUCCAUACUGUAAAGUAGGCCUGGGCAUCUGCUAUGAUAUCAGAUUUGCUGAGAUGGCUCAAAUCUACGGACAGAAAGGCUGCCAGCUGCUGAUAUAUCCAGGGGCUUUUAACCUGACAACAGGACCAGCUCAUUGGGAACUGCUACAAAGGGGACGAGCUGUUGAUAAUCAAGUCUACGUAGCUACAGUAUCUCCUGCUAGAGACGAAAAAGCAUCCUAUGUUGCCUGGGGACACAGCACUGUAGUAAAUCCAUGGGGUGAAGUCAUAGCCAAAGCUGGGGCUGAGGAAGCAGUUGUAUACACAGACAUAGAUUUGAAGAAACUCGCAGAAAUACGUCAGCAAAUUCCUAUUUUAAGCCAGAAGCGUCGUGAUCUCUAUGGCAUAGAGGUGAAAAAGUGAAGCUGGGUGAACAGGGAAGGUUCAGUUGGCACAAUGGCUGCUGCUUUCAUCUUCAAAAGGAUUCCCUUACUAGUUGCUCCACAAUCCACUGCUAAAGGUGCCAGUUAAAAAAAACAAAACCCCAAACCUUGGUGGUGCAAUUCUAAAAUUGAUUCAAAUACAACUUUUAUAUGUCCUCUCCUACUUCAGUAUUUUCUAGUAUUUUACAGCUAGGAUAAAGAUGGAGGUGAAAUCAGUUCAACACAGUAGAAGUUAACAUUGCUUUUUACGCAUCACAAUAUUUUAGUUACCUUUUGGGGGCUUUUUUGUAGAACAUAGAAAUGGGAACCUUGUUCUCUCUGGAAAUCCUCUGAAGUCAGCUUUGGUAUUAUGAAUUUUUCAGUGAAUUAUUGGAUAAUCUAGAAGCAUGAUUCUUCCACUUUUGUCCUUCGUAGUUGUAUAUGCCUUAACUAAGUUCUUUGAAUGUCCAACUUCUAACUUGGAAAGCUUAGAAUUUAACACAGUAAGCAAAACAGGCCAAAUUCUGCUCUGUGCUACUUAAGGACAAUGCAAGAAGCUGCCAGACAGAACUACUACUUCUAGAAGAACCUGAAACAGGUUUUGGUUCAUGUGUCUUGCCUGGAAUAUAUGUUACUAAAUUCUCCUUAUUGCAAUUCCUGUUUAUUACUGAAGUGAUGCAGGUUACAGUUUUGUUAAAGCAAUUCACAUGUCACCACACCUUUGCUUUAUAUACUGCUUCCUUAAUAUAAUGUCUGAAUGGGCUUUAAUUCUGCUGCCUGGCAGUCUUUACCUGAAAAGGCUGAGGGGAGUCAGUCAAAAGGGUUGGAAAACUUGUUGCACUGAUUAAGUCUUUCUGCCCACAGUCUUCCAGAAGACAGGUACUAGAAUUGCUCAAUGUUUAAAUAAAGCAUUAUUGCUACCAAAGGCCACCUCCCAUAUAGCUGCAUGGGAAACACUCCUUACUUUGUUGCUCUUGAUGAAGAGACUUAAACUGAUUAUUAAAGAUGGCUUUAAAAUACUGAAAACCAGCCUAGCAUGGUGUAGUUUUGUUGUUUGGGUUUUUUUCUUAGAAGGAAGACACCAUGAACUUCUAAUGUAAAAAGAUAAGCAUUUGCAAAUGGCAUUUUUUUUUCUCCUUGGGAUGAAAAAAAAGAAGGAACUAUAACUAUUCAGCCUUUACCACUAGGCUUUAGUUUUCCAGCAGCAAAAGUGAUAAAGCAAUAAGGCUAAAGAUUUCAAAAUACAAAAAUGGGAGGAGGGAAAGAAGGUUUUGUCUUGCUCCAGCUAACCACCAGUUUCCCCCAGACCCACCUUACCUUUUUAUUCAUGUUUGGACAUCCUCCUUUUCCCACAACUGCUCUCUUGACUUUUUCUUUUUUUUAUGUUCUUUUGACUUCUCUGGAAUGAGCUAGGUGUAUGUUUUAUAGAGGAAAAUCAAUGGUUAAAUUAAGCCAAACCCUGAGGAAUCUUUCCCCUCAAAAGACAGGUCACACCAUUCCACUCAGUGGCAUCAUCUACUCCAGCAGGCAUUUUUUUGGUCUGUACUUUUCACUGCAUUUUGGUGUACAUACUGUACUGGAACUCUUAAGAAACAAGCCACAGAGCAUAAGGUGAAACGAAGAUUUAUUUGAUGAAAAAUAAAUAUAAAAAAAUUAACAAUUUA